AAUGAUGUAUCCGAGAAGGAACAAAGAUGGGGAGCAAAAACUGUGGAAGGAUCUGGUCAUCAGGAACACAUCAACAUCCAUGUAUUGAGGAGAAAUGUCUCCCAGGAACACCAGUCACUGAAAGAACAGGAACUGGAGUCUGGACCCAAAGCUUCUCACGGUUAUGGAGGAAAGUUUGGUGUGGAGAAGGACCGCAUGGACAAGUCUGCAGUUGGACAUGAAUACCAGACAAAGCUUUCCAAGCACUGUUCCCAGUCUGAUUCAGCGAAAGGUUUUGGUGGAAAGUUCGGUGUCCAGACUGACCGAGUGGAUAAGUCUGCUUUGAGCUUUGAAUAUCAAGGGAAGACAGAAAAACAUGCAUCCCAGAAAGAUUACACUAGCGGCUUCGGGGGCAAAUAUGGAGUUCAGUCUGACCGAGUGGAUAAAAGCGCCGUUGGCUUUGAUUACAAGGGCAAAACGGAGAAGCAUGAAUCCCAGAAAGAUUAUUCUACUGGUUUCGGUGGGAAGUACGGUGUGCAGGCAGACCGUGUGGACAAAAGUGCUGUAGGGUUCGAUUAUCAGGGGAAGACCGAGAAGCAUGAGUCUCAAAAAGAUUAUUCCAGAGGCUUUGGUGGUAAAUAUGGUAUUGAUAAGGACAAUGUGGACAAGAGUGCUGUCGGGUUUGACUACCAAGGGAAGACUGAGAAGCAUGAAUCACAAAAAGACUAUGUGAAAGGGUUUGGAGGAAAGUUUGGUGUGCAGACAGACAGACAAGACAAGUGUGCACUUGGCUGGGAUCACCAAGAGAAACUGCAGCUACAUGAAUCCCAAAAAGAUUAUGCCAAGGGAUUCGGUGGAAAAUAUGGUGUACAGAAAGAUCGAAUGGACAAGGUAUCUUCAUAUAUUACAGGAAAAACAAUAUUUGUGCUUUUGAUCUGUGUCUCAAGGAAGAACCUAUGGUGGCACACCUGCAGGGCCAGUCCUCAGCUGCAUUGCCUGCGUCCAUAG